AUGUUGGAGCCUGUUGAAUGCUUUUGGGAACCACCAGAAGUUAAUGACAUUAUGCUUUGUUGCGAUGGAGUGUCUAGGGGAAAUCCGGAUAUAGUCGGGGCUGGUGUUAUAGCUCGUGGUGCUGAUUUAAGUGUGUUGGGUGCGAUGUGUGUUGGUUUUGGGAUUCAAACAAACUAUUUGGAUGAAAUCUUUUGUGUCAUUAUUGGUUUUGAGUGGGCAGUUAAAUUUGGUAUAGGAAAUGUUUGCAUUCGCACGGAUUCUUUGGCUGCGGUUACGAUUUUCUCUAGUAAUAUUUUGGCUCUUCCUCGGUUCAUUCGGAGUAGGUGGGUAGCUGUUAGAGCAAGGAAACAUUCGUUUUAUUCACACUUUACUGAUGCGUUAGGAAAAUGGGGAUGCUUGCUAUAA